AAUUAAAUAAUAAUGAGACUCAGUCUACAGUUCGCCAAAAUUACUGUGUUUGUAUCUAUAACAGCAAUGUUCCUUUUGAUAUACCAGUUUAAAAGUGACCUUGUUUAUUAUAAUUUUAACCUUAACGGUCGGCUUGGAUCUAGCGAAAAUAAUUUAAAAUAUAUUUUGCUAUGGACUUACCCCAAAGAUGAACCUCUUGUAUCAAUUGGAUUUAAACAAAGUGAGUUUAUUACACGGAACUGUUCAUACACGAAUUGUUUUGUGACGGCUAACAGAAAUUAUUUAUUCGACUAUAGUAAAUUUCACGCAAUUGUUUUUACUAUACCCCAAGCAAAGACAUACAGUCUCUCAGAAUUUCCACGGCAUAGAUCUCCUGAUCAGAAAUAUGUAGCCUGUAGUACUGAAUCUUCCCAUUACUACCCAAUAUGUUCCAACAGAUUAGAUAAUUACUUCAAUUGGACCUGGAGUUACAGACUCGACUCAGAAUGUCGAUUUGGGUACAUAAUUGUUCGUGAUAUACAUGGUAAUGUCAUUGGUCCAAACAAAACAAUGCACUGGAUGAAAGUGGAGGAUAUGAAAAAUGUGAGCAGUGAGCUCAAAAAUAGUUUACAAUCAAAGACUAUAGCAGCAGCUUGGUUUGCUUCCAACUGCUUCUCGAAAAGUAAACGAGAGUUAUUUGUCCAAAAUCUUCGAAACGAAUUAAAUAAAUACAACCAUUCUAUUGUUGUAUAUGGUGUUUGCGGUAAUAAAACGUUAUGCCCACGCAGAAAUAAUAAACGUUGUUUGGAGAUAAUCAAACAGACAUAUUACUUCUAUUUAGCGUUCGAGAAUUCAUUCAGUGAGGACUAUGUAACUGAAAAAUUGUUGAUUGCGCUUAAAAAUAACGCUAUUCCCGUAGUGUAUGGUGGGGCUAAUUACACAAGAUUCAUGCCCGAUGGAAUGUAUUUGAAUGCAAGAACAUUAGGUCCGAAGCAACUUGCACUGCAAAUGGACUCUUUAAUAAAAAAUCCUGACAAAUAUGCUGACUACUUCAGAUGGAAGAACCACUACUCUUAUCACAUUAACCACGAGAGUCCGGAAACUGACAAUGUCUGCUCUUUCUGCAAACUCCUGAAUGAUGAAAAAAAAUUCAGUGAAAAAUCAGUAGUAAAAAAUUUUCGUACCUGGUGGGACUUUCCCAAAUUUUGUUAGAUAUAAGAAAUUAUAUCUGCAUUAAAAAAAUAUAUGAGUUACAAAAAUAUUGUCUAUUU